CUUCUCCCAAUCCCGUCCAUUUCAAUUCAAGGACUGAAAGCACGCACCCAAGGAAAAGCGGCCGAUUGAACCCAACCAACCCACGCCAACCCGAAUCCCAAACCCAACUGCCUCGCCGCCGUCGAUCGCCGGAGAUGUCAUGGUUGGCCCGCUCUCUCGCCACGUCCCUCAACAUCCCCGACGAUUCAGGCGCCGACGAUGACCCGGACGCCACGCCCACCCCUUCCCCGUCCGCGCGCAUACCGCCGCCGCCGCCGCCGCUCCCCACUCACCCGCUGCAUUCGGGCGCGGCGGAGGGCGUCAAGGAGGACCUCACCGAGCUCUCCAAAACCCUAACGCGCCAGUUCUGGGGCGUCGCCAACUUCCUCGCGCCACCGCCCGGGGAGACCUCGCCGUCACCCUCACCCUCACCCUCGCCCUCACCCUCCCCUCAAUCGGCGGGGGGUCAAUCCGCCGACGCGAGGACACCGCCCGAGAUCGCCGGGAUCCGGAACGACUUUGCUGAGAUCGGCGGGCGGUUCAGAAGCGGGAUCUCCCGGAUCUCAGGUCACAAGGCCGUGUCUGGGUUCUCUAGGAUGGCCUCUAGUUUCUUCGCUCCUGAUGACGACCAGGAGAACGAGUGGGAGGAAGAGCGGAGACGACAUAUUAAGUAUGAGAUUGAAGAGGAGGUGGAGGGCGACGAGGAAUGGCAUCAGUGGGAGGAGACGGUUGGCCUUAGGGUGGACGAUGGCAACGCAAGGCAUGUGUUGGAGAUAGAGAGAGUAAGGGACGAAGAAGAUGACGAAUUGGAGGAGCAGAGAGCGAGGCAUGAGGAUGGCGGCGAAUUGGGGGAGCAGAGAGCAAGGCAUGAGGAGGAUGGCGAACCAGAGGAGCUGAGGGUAAGUCAUGAGGAGGAGGAAGUGGAGGAGGAUUGGGAUGUGAUUGGAAUCACUGAGGAGGUGCUUGCAUUUGCCACAAACAUUGCCAGGCAUCCGGAGACCUGGCUUGACUUCCCGCUGCUGCCUGACGAUGAUGAGGCCGAUGGUCCAUUCUCAUAUUUUGACAUGUCUGAUGCUCAACAAGAGCACUCCUUGGCUAUUGAGCAUCUUGCUCCCAGAUUAGCAGCUUUGCGGAUUGAACUAUGCCCGAUCCAUAUGAGUGAAGAGUGUUUUUGGAAAAUUUACUUUGUUCUUCUACAUCCUAGACUGAACAAGCGUGAUGCCGAGCUUCUAUCUACACCACAGAUUGUGGAAGCUAGAGCAAUGCUUAUGCAACGUUUGCAAUACCAGUCAAAGCUUGAAACUGAGCAGCUAGGUCAUCAUAAGGAUGAUCUUGGAGUUCAGUUACGAGGGGACACCUUGAAAGAUGCUACAGAAGCAUUCCCAUUCAUGCGACGUGAAGCAGCUUCUGUUAUGCCCAUAACAGAAAUUGAGAUUGAGAAGCAUCCUAUCCAAGUAACUGAAGUUGCAGUUGUGGAUAAAUCAGUCAUCAAAGAGGAGCUGCCCAAGGAUCAUACUGAGACCUCAAAUGUUUUGCAAGAGGCCUUUGAUGAUGACAUAGACGAUUGGUUCGAUGAGGAGGCCGAUCUUGCUGGCCACCCAACUAUCCACAUAGGUGACGAGGAAGACGUGUCUUUUAGUGAUUUGGAAGAGGAUGAUGCAAAAUGAUUUUGUUGCAACUUGCAAAGCGAGCUAUCAACCUGUGUAUUGGAAACUGGAUGUCUAUGCUAUACAAGAAAAUGUAGAGGUGAAGGCUGUUCGUGAAAAGAAUAGGGUGUACAGUGAAAAUCGAGUGGCUUUGUUUUGCACUCAAGCUGCCGUGGUGAAGGCACUCUUCAAGCUACCACUGUGAUCUUAUCGCUCAAGCGGACGGGGUGAAGGCACUGUGAUCUUAUCGCUCGAGAUAUGGCAGGGUGCUACGUUUGACCAGCAUUACAGUUUGUAAUUUGAUUCGUACUCUUUUGUACAUAAGCAUUCGUGAUGUUAUAAGGUGGGAACAAUAAAGUUCCAAUCGUUUUUUGGUCAAAGAAUUGCACAUAUAUCAGACAAAAGAAAGCAGAGUGAUCUUCAAUUUCUCGAGAA